AUGCAAGCGACGUCAUUGGAGGUGGUAGUGUUGGAGGAGCAAAGGCAGAAGAAGCCGCGACGCGCGCACGACGAGAUGCCUGCGGCUGACGCCAGUGAUGAUCUGUAUCACUUCCCCGUGGAGGAGACCGUCCAGCAUCCGCUGCCUGGAUACGUGGCCCCGUCAUCGAUCAGCUUCAGCCCCGAUGAUCGACUGAUCUCCUACCUAUUCAGCCCGGACAACACGCUACGAAGGAAGGUUUAUGCCUUCGACUUGUCAAGCCGCCGGCACGAGCUUAUUUUCGGCCCUCCGGAUGGGGGGGGACUCGACGAGAGCAACCUAUCUGAAGAGGAGAAGCUGCGAAGGGAGAGAUCGAGGGAGAGGGGUCUCGGUGUCACCCGCUACGAGUGGAGGGCCAAAUCUUGCUCCGAGAGACCAGGAAUCAUGGUGCCCUUGCCCGCCGGGGUUCGCUCUCUAUUCUCUUACCAUUUGUAUAAAUCUUGUUAGUCCUUGACUAGAGCUGAAUAAUCUCUUCGAAUUGUAUCGCACGCUCUCUCUCCCUCUCUCUCUCUCUCUCCACAUUGGUACAAUGAUGAACUUGCAUAAUGUACACAAAUCGUUCUCUCGACAGUGAUUUUUUGUGUGAGAACUGGUCGACCAAUGCAGAGGCUUCAAAUGUCUUUGAUUCGAUCGGAAAAUGAUUUGAAAAUAUUUCAUUAAACACUCUCCACGAAUUACCUUCGACGUGGUGGGUUUCUUUGUCUAAAGCUGCAUGUGGACGAUUCAUCUUGUCGUCUUUAAUUUUGAGGCUCUACUGAUUUCUGAAUGGAAGAAGAGAGCAGCUCAGUGAUAAUAGUUUAGGUGUUGGAUAUGUAUGUGUGAUUGGUCUAUCAGGCUGAGUAAAGAACAGUCGUAGAUAACUGGACUGGAUUUCUACUAUAGUUUGCGGUGUUAUUGCUGUAUAUUGGCGUAUCUGAUAAAGUUUUCUUCAGACAGUCUCGCAUCAUAAGUUAUUAAACAGCAGAUGAACGACAUAUUGUUUCCAAAUAAAAUAAAAAGAUUUCGUUAUGUUUCAGAGAAUGUCGCAUUCUAACGUUUUGAAUUCAUAGUCCACUGAAUUUUUAUUCUCUAUAUUGCCUUCUUUUCAGAAGUAGGCCAUAUUCAUAGUUUUCUCGUUUUUUACAUCAUUAUUUUUUCCCCAAUGUUGUCCGCGAAAUUAAAUAUGCAUAAAUUUUAUGUCUUUAUGACUUUUAUCUAUUUCGUCUACAGAUAUUUUUCCAGGAAAUAGGAUGUUCUGUGUCAGAGAUUAAGCUGCCGGGUAUUGCUGGCUUACCAAUUAUUGAUCCUCAUUUAUCCCCAGAUGGAAGUAUGCUUGCAUAUGUAAAGGAUUACGAGUUGCACAUUCAGAAUCUCUCGAGUGGGGAACAAAGACGACUAACUUUUGGUGCUAGGGGAAAUUCGAAGGUGAUUUUAUUUUUAUUUCUACAGUACCUGUUUCAGGUUGGAUUUGGAUGCUGCUAUUUAUUUCUUAAAGCUAUCCUGAAUGGUGCCAUCCGUCUUUCUUUUCAUUUUUCUUUGGUAAAACCAAAGGCAAAACAGAGGGAAUUCUGCGUAACCUUUGAAGCCUCAAAUAGUUAUUUGACACAUAGGCUGGGAAAGAUCGUUACCUUUUCUCCUGGCAAUUUGUGGAUGAAAUGCUAUUGGACCGAUAUUUUCCAAAUGCAAUAAAUGGGAGUGUUGGCUAAUUUCUUUUGCUACUCACUUAUCAGGAACAUAUCACACACAACAUGACAUAUUAGGUGCUGGACUCACCUGGUUUGGUUGUAGUACAGGAAGUUUGGAUAUAUAUAUAUAUACAAUCAGCAUCAUCCAGAUUUCAGGGACUAAGUUUCUUGUCCAAGCAGUCACGAGGAAAUUUAUUUUUAGUGGCUAGAUUUUAGAGAAGUGAGGCUUCGGUCCGUCAUCAUAGGUCAACUUGCUUAAAAUUAUAAUAUAUUAUAAAGGUCUUUAAGUACAGAGCAAAAUGUAUACAUUAGCUAAGUAAGCAAUGUAAUGAGUGGGCGUAAUAAGAAAGAAAGUGGUAGUUCGCCCUCGAAUUAGAAGGAAAAAAGAGUCAUGAGUGUGAAUCGAACACAUUAUAGAUUGAAUGAAUCGGUUGGCAUGGCAAGGAAGAGAUCAUUGCAGUGGAACGUGGGCAGAUUUUUCAUUUUUCUUAAGUUAGUCAAUGCAACAUACUUUUGUUUUAAGGUAGGAGACGAGAAAAAAAAAUCUCGCCAAGAUACACUGAAUCGAAAAGAUUGUGCUCCCUGCAUAAUAUAACGUCUGUGACGCACAAAUUUUCGUUGAUGAGUGCACUUACUAUAUACAUUUAAGCCUUGGUUGUCUUUAUAGUUGGCAAUUUGCAAGAAAAAGGCCAGUCCGGUUAUAAUUUAGUAGUUAUCGUAUCUCUUCGCAUUUGAACCUCACUUCUGCAAUAUCUGACUUGACCAAUAAGAAUCCCCUGUAGUGGCGGGAGAAAGAUAAAGAAGAUCAAGAGGAAGAAGAGAAGAAUGAGUGAUAGAACUGUGAAAUGAGCUGGGAAAACGAAAUAUAUUCCAAACUCCUAGUGUUUUCUGAUUUUAAAAUUUUCGAUAGCCUUCAAAAUAUGUUCACUCGUAUGUAUGUUUGUGUUAUUAAAUAUUUUUGGAGUUCUACCCUUACAGAUGAUUCUGUAAUAAGUGAAUCAGAUACUCUGAGGAUAUUCCUUCGUUAUUUCACAUUUUAACGACCGUGUGUUUAAUGGGCGAGAAGACCUAGUGAAUGGCAAUGAACCCAUUUAACCUCACUCCAUAGUUACGUGGUAACAAGCCUAUUGUACAAUGGAGAAUAAGAUCAGAAUCUUCUGGCAUGUCCAUGAUGCAGAAUAAACUUCAACCCAGGAGCUUUUUCAUAGGGCGUAUCCCACUCACUUUUCUAUGUGAAAUCAGUUGUUGGGGAUUUUGGAUGGCUUCUAGCCAAUCAUAUCGACAUUGACUUGAAAGCACCUGGAUAACUGGACUAACGCUGUCAAGGGCUUUUUUGACAAACGCUUGAAUGAUCUCAGAUUUCCCGUAGCUGUGACUGGGACGUCCAGAAUUUCAAUAAAAUGAGUUGUUCGUCCGUGAACGCCUGUUCAGCGUGAUAAUAUCACUUGAGAAAUAAAAAUUUACUUCUCCUGUCUCAAUACGAAAGUCCUGCUGUGGCCAUUUAUAAUAUGCUGCGGUCUACUCUGAAUGAUGUCUGAGUGAUCCGGCAGUGUAUUUUUAUGUUCAUAUUUGUUUCGUUAUAUUUUCUCUGUCACUAGCAACUUCAUAUACUUGAUCAAAUUUGAUCAUUCAUCUCGCUCACCUGAAACUAUAGUGGUUUAGAACUCUGUUGCUACGUGUCUUCUCGUGUUUGUCUCUUUAUGGUAUGCUUUAUUAUAGGAAGAUUGCUUAUCACUCUGGAAACACACUACCGUUUAGAACAGUGAGAAUGUUCUCUCAGUCUUGAUUCAUUUCGGUUCAUCCUUAUCUUCUCCCCUGUGCCAAUAUUGCGCCAUAUUGUUCUCAUAUAACCUUUCUACUUGGAGAAAAGCUACGGAUGCCUCUGGUUUUUGUGGCAUUUAUUGUCAAUCUUUUCGGUUCAUUAAUUUAUUAUCAAUGUACACAUUUUUCUCCGUGGAUCAUCAAAGUCUGAGGCCUUGUUUUGUGGUGCAUUUUCAGACUCAUGGUCUUGCGGAGUAUAUUGCGCAGGUGCUCCUCUCUCUCUCUUUUUUUUUCUCUCUCCACUCGGAUAUUCUCACACAGAUAAGAACGUAGCCUCCUGUUCUUGUCUCAUCUAUUUUGUCUGUCGCUUUGUGAUUACAGGAGGAAAUGGACCGGAAGACUGGGUUCUGGUGGUCCCCUGACAGCAAGUGCAUUGCUUUCACAGAGGUGGAUUCAUCGGAAGUUCCUCUCUUUAGAAUCAUGCAUCAGGGUAAGCCUUCCGUCGGUAGUGAUGCAGAGGAGGACCAUGCAUAUCCAUUUGCUGGGACGUCCAACGUCACGGUCCGGCUUGGAGUCGUCUCUGUCCUCGGCGGAGAGGUUACUUGGAUGGACCUCAUUUGUGGCAAACACUUCGAUGAGGAAUAUCUGGCCAGAGUAAACUGGGCUCCUGAAAAUGCUCUUCUAGCCCAGGUUCUCAACCGGCACCAUUCCCAGUUGAAGCUCCUCAAGUUUGAUAUAAGAACAGGCCAGAGGGAAGUCAUACUGGUUGAAGAGAAUGAGACCUGGGUCGGCCUGCAUGACUGCUUCACGCCUUUGGACAAGGGAAACGAUAAGUUUGCGGGGGGCUUCAUCUGGGCCAGCGACAAGACUGGCUUUAGACAUAUCUAUCUUCAUGACCGGCACGGCGCCUGCUUGGGACCUCUCACACAGGGCGACUGGAUGGUCGAGCAAAUCGCCGGUGUAAAUGAGAACGCUGGGGUUGUGUACUUCACGGGGACAGUGGACGGGCCUUUGGAAAGUCACCUGUACUCUGUCAGCCUCUUCCCCAACUGGACCCUUCCUCUACCGACACCUCGGAGGCUAACUCACGGCAAGGGAAGGCACACAGUGAUUCUCGAUCACCAGUUGCAGAGAUUUGUGGAUGUCCAUGACUCCGUGAACUCUCCUCCUCGGGUAACCCUCUGUUUGCUGCAUGAUGGCAGUGUGAUCAUCCCUCUGUAUGAGCAGGCACUUGGCGGCCCACAAUUUCAGUCCCGAUUUUUGCCGCCGGAGAUGGUCCAGGUCCCGGCAAGCGACGGCACCGUUCUAUAUGGGGCCCUGUACAGGCCUGAUGCUGAAAGGUUCGGUCCCCCUCCUUACAAGACACUUAUUAGUGUUUAUGGCGGCCCUUGUGUGCAGACUGUGUGCGACUCUUGGAUCAACACAGUCGACAUGAGAGCGCAGUUCCUGAGGAAUAAAGGUUUUCUAAUAUGGAAGGUCAGCCCCCCCCCCCCCCUUCCCCCAGCGUAUUGCCUUUGGUCUGAAGCGUUUGCCGAGUUUUUUUUAAUGGGAAUCUUCUCUGGUGCGUCGUCGGCAGCUGGACAACAGAGGGACGGCGCGGCGGGGCCUGAAGUUCGAAGGCGCCCUCAAGCACAGGUUCGGAGACGUCGACGCUCACGACCAGCGCACCGGCGCAGAGUGGCUCGUCAAGGAAGGGCUAGCGAAAGCCGGCCACAUCGGGAUCUACGGGUGGAGCUACGGCGGCUAUCUGUCGGCCAUCUCCUUGGCCCGCUUCCCCGAGACCUUCUGCUGCGCCAUCUCCGGCGCCCCCGUGACGGCGUGGGACGGCUACGACACCUUCUACACCGAGAAGUACAUGGGCCUGCCGGGGGAGGACGGGGGGCGGCGCUACGAGGGCAGCUCGGUCAUGCACCACGCGGCCAAGAUCAGGGGCAAGCUGCUGCUCGUCCACGGCAUGAUAGACGAGAACGUCCACUUCCGGCACACCGCCAGGCUCGUAAACGCCCUCAUCGCCGCGGGCAAGCCCUACGAGCUCCUGCUCUUCCCCGACGAGCGCCACAUGCCGCGCCGCCUUGCCGACCGCAUCUACAUGGAGCAGAGGAUCUGGGAGUUCAUCCAGAGGAACUUAUGA